GCGCUCCCGCCACUCCGUGCUCGCGAUCCCGGCUCUGCGCUUCCACGCGCUUGUGCCUGGACGGACCCUCGUCAGUGCUCUGCGCAGGAUUGGAACAUCAGUUAACAUCUGACCACUGCCAGCCCACCCCCUCCCACCCGCGUCGAUUGCAUCUCUGGGCUCCAGGGAUAAAGCAGGUCUUGGGGUGCACCAUGAUUUCACCAUUCUUAGUACUGGCCAUUGGCACCUGCCUUACCAACUCCUUAGUGCCAGGUAUGCUUGGGGACACAGGCACCCUGUCGGGCAGAAGGGCCAAGGUGCUCCCGAUUCCCAGUAGGAACUGCUUGGGGAUGUCUGAAAUUGAUGCCCUCAACAGACACUUCCAGAAGAGAGAGGGUGGACCUGGGGCUGUCAGGGACCCCCACUCCUUCAAGAAGGCCCCUCCCUCUCCCUUCUCCAGGACUCCCCUGCUCCCCUCACUGGCCCUCACUGGCUCCUGCAGCCCCAGGCCCAGAGAGAGGCCACUGCUGACCCCACCUGAGCCCCACUCCUCUGCCGGACACUUCUCCGGGCGAAGUCCUGGCCAUCUCCUGACCCUCCUCUCCCACCUGCAGACGUACAACACCAAUGCCCAGGUCCCUGACAGCGCUGGCACCGCCACCGCCUACCUGUGUGGGGUGAAGGCCAACGAGGGCACCGUGGGGGUAAGCGCAGCCACCGAGCGUUCCCGGUGCAACACCACCCAGGGGAACGAGGUCACCUCCAUCCUGCGCUGGGCCAAGGAUGCUGGGAAAUCUGUGGGCAUUGUAACCACCACGAGAGUGAACCAUGCCACCCCCAGCGCCGCCUAUGCCCACUCAGCUGACCGGGACUGGUACUCAGACAACGAGAUGCCUCCUGAGGCCUUGAGCCAGGGCUGCAAGGACAUCGCCUACCAGCUCGUGCAUAACAUCAGGGACAUUGACGUGAUCAUGGGGGGUGGCCGGAAAUACAUGUACCCCAAGAAUAAAACUGAUGUGGAGUAUGAGAUUGACGAGAAAGCCAGGGGCACGAGGCUGGACGGCCUGGACCUUGUUAACAUCUGGAAGAGCUUCAAACCGAGACACAAGCACUCCCACUUCAUCUGGAACCGCACGGAACUCCUGACCCUUGACCCCCACAAUGUGGACUACCUAUUGGGUCUCUUUGAGCCGGGGGACAUGGAGUACGAGCUGAACAGGAACAACGUGACGGACCCGUCACUCUCCGAGAUGGUGGUGGUGGCCAUCCAGAUCCUGCGGAAGAACCCCAAAGGCUUCUUCUUGCUGGUGGAAGGAGGCAGGAUCGACCACGGGCACCAUGAAGGCAAAGCCAAGCAGGCCCUGCACGAGGCGGUAGAGAUGGACCGGGCCAUCGGGCAGGCAGGCAGCAUGACCUCCUUGGAAGACACUCUGACCGUGGUCACCGCGGACCAUUCCCAUGUCUUCACCUUUGGUGGAUACACCCCCCGUGGCAACUCUAUCUUUGGUCUGGCCCCCAUGCUGAGUGACACAGACAAGAAGCCCUUCACUGCCAUCCUGUAUGGCAAUGGGCCCGGCUACAAGGUGGUGGGCGGUGAACGAGAGAAUGUCUCCAUGGUGGACUAUGCUCACAACAACUACCAGGCGCAGUCUGCUGUGCCCCUGCGCCACGAGACCCACGGCGGGGAGGAUGUGGCCGUCUUCUCCAAGGGCCCCAUGGCACACCUGCUGCACGGCGUCCAUGAGCAGAACUACAUCCCCCACGUGAUGGCGUAUGCAGCCUGCAUCGGGGCCAACCUCGACCACUGUGCCCCUGCCAGCUCGGCAGGCAGCCUUGCUGCAGGCCCCCUGCUGCUCCCCCUGGCCCUCUUCCCCCUGAGCAUUCUGUUCUGAGGGCCCAGGGCCCGGGCACCCACGAGCCCGUGACACGCCAACUUCCCACUCCCCAGGGCUGCCCACCGCCCGGCAGCCCACCCCACAAGGGGCAGGGAGGUGGGGGCCUCCUCAGCCUCUGCAACUGCGAGAAAGGGGACCCAGGAAACCAAAGUCUGCCGCCCACCUCGCUCCCCUCUGGAAUCUUCCCCGAGGGCCAAACCCACUUCUGGCCUCCAGCCUUUGCUUCCUCCCCGCUGCCCUUUGGCCAACAGGGUAGAUUUCUCUUGGGCAAGCAGAGAGCACAGACUGCAGAAAUUCUCAAAGCCUCUUAUUUUUCUAGCAAACAUAUUUCUCCAGACCCAGAGGCCCUGAAGCCUCCAUGGAACAUUCCGGAUCUGACCCUUCCACUCUCAUCUCCUUCCCUCUAGAACCCCCCCAGGCCCUACCAUGCUCAUGUCCCUGUCCUCAGGCCCAGCCCUUCUUCAGGGGAGAUGAGGUCUUUCUCCUCAGGACAAGGCCUCGCUCACUCACUCCAAGGCCACGGGGGUCCCAGGAAGCUGGUGCCUGGGUGGCCAUCCUACCCGACGUGGCCCAGGCCAGGAAGAGCCACCUGGCAGGGCUCACACUCCUGGGCUCUGAACACGCAUGCCAGCUCCUCUCUGAAGCGAUUCUCCCGUUUGGAACGGCAAAAAAAUUUUUUUUCUCUUUUUGGUGGUGGUUAAAAGGGAACACAAAACAUUUAAAUAAAAGUUUCCAAAUAUUUCUGAGGACA